UUUUGGUUUGACUACUACUUUACGAAAAAUAUUAAAAUAUGCUUUUCUCUUUGUUACAUUCUAUUUUAUAUAAUUUUUUAACCUACGAUUAUUACCUUCUUUAGACAUAGUCUCUCUACUCUGUGAUUACCUUGUGGAUAUUGUUUAUCAAUAAGCUACGAAUGUUAUCUGCUUAUUCUAGAUCCAGUUUAUAAAUUAAAUAUUGAAUACUUGAAUUCUAAGUCAAUUUGUUUCUGGUUUCCUGUUUCUUCGUCUAUGUGGUAUGCAGGGAGUAACAUAAUUUUAUAUAAAAUUAUACAAUACGUUUUAACGUAGGAAGUCGAAGAUGUCAUCAAAUAAGUAUAUUUAUAAAGCUACCAGAAGUAAUGACGACGACGCAGAAACUUUAGUAUCACCAUGCUUUCACGUAGGUCCUGAAGUCCAGCUGAAGGAGGUUCCAACAACAGGCGAAGAAUAUUUAUUAAAAGUUAUAAAAGAACGCCAGAAUUAUUCUACUAUCACUAAAUGUAAUAAAGAUUAUUCAAAAUUUUCUAAAAAUCAAUCUUGUUUUAUUGAAGAGACGAAACCUGCAAAAGCACCUGACAAAUUAAAACCAACCAUAGAAUGGCAAAACAUUCAAGUGGCAGACUUUUCUGAUGUUCGAAUGUACCUAUCUCGUAUACAAACAAAGAAAACUUUAUGGCCUAGUGAUUUAAAAAAAAUAAGUGUUGAACAUGAUAGUUUAAAUGGGUGGAAACAGUUUUUUAAUACAAAUGAACCCACAUUAACAUGUGUCCUUGGACUAAAACAUACUCUACUCGAUCGUGGACUGGAAAUUCUGACAGAAAUAUUAGAAGAAGUAAAACCUGGUUUCACUGUAGAUUAUAAAACUGGUCAAUGGAUAUAUGCAUUUUUAGCUUGUACAAGACAACCUCUACUCUCUGAUACUAUAAGUAUAUUGAGAAAUUUAGCCAGAAAAUGUGCAGAAAUAAGAUCAUGUAUCAACCCCGAGGAAGAAGAUGCUCCAUUCGCUGUAACACCAUUAAAUAUAUUCAUUUGUUUGGUAGCAAGAUACUUUAGGCAAUAUGACUUGGCAGAUUGAUAUGUAAACUAUUUAUAUUUAAACAAAUUGAUUUAUAUUUAAUAAACAGUUUACAUUUCUAAAACACAUACAUUUAUUCCUUCUUAAAGAUAUGUAUUAUGACAUUUUAUUAAUGAAUUUGUAAAUCUGAAUUAAAAUCUGUAAAGACACAUAACAUGCUACUAUGGAAAUUUCAAGUAUUUUCUUUAUGUUCUGCAUUAUGUGAGAAAAAGUCCUAUAUAAAAUUUUAUGCUUCUGUCUAGACCCAUAGGUUCGAGCUAAGUAGGGGAGAGAUUGAGAAUGAAUUUUAUUAAGUAGACUAUAAUAAGGAUUCUUUAGUUAAAUUUUAGAAUGAUAUGAUUAUGUAUGUCAAAUAUUUUUGUAAUAAUAAUAAAACUUUGAUUAUAUUUC